CCGCUCGCCGUCGGAGCUGAUGUGCCGGCGGCGGUGAGAGAGUUUAGUCGAACGCUUUUCAACAUGCGUCCGGACAUCUCCCUCUUCGUCUCUAGAUCCGUGUUCAACACUGAUCUGCGAGGCGUGCUAGGCCUUGUGCGCGUGCCCUGCUGCAUCGUACAGACUUCCCGCGACGUCUCUGUUCCAAUCUCCGUCGUCACGUAUCUCAAAGCCCAUCUCGGCGGCCGCACCACCGUCGAGAUUCUAAACACCGAAGGUCAUCUUCCUCACCUCUCCGCUCCUGCUCUUCUUGCUCCUGUUCUCCGCCGUGCUCUGUCACGCUGAUUUCAAAAACCCCCGGCUCGCCGGCGAUCGAUCUAAUCCUCACGCGAUAAUGACAUUUAACUAAUACCAUGGCUUUCUUAUAUCUGUGAUUGUUAAUCGAUCACUCUACUUAAUGAUUGAAUCACUUAUCAUUGUCCUCAUCAUUAUCUCAAUCCCAUCUUUGAUUUUUCUCUUAAAAUUAUUUCUACGAAUUCUGUUCUCUCGUCUCCUAAAUUUAUACAAUUUUCGCCGCAUAAAGUGUACUGGGGAGCUUUUAGAACAGGGGGUCUAAUGAAGCCUAAGGAUUAUGAGGGGGGUGAUGAUUUUAUUUUUGAAUCAUAAUUAAAUAUGGGGUUUGGAUAAGAAUCAAAGUGGUGUGGGGAGCCACCUAUUGUCCGAUCUGAGCUGUAAGAUUGGCGAGUGGGGUUUGAGUGGGGCUCUGGUGGCGACUGCGGAUUGGUUCAAUUAAGAAGAAAGAGGAUAUCACAAAGUUCAGAAAAAGGAAGCAUUGGGGGGGGAGUUAAGAAGUUGUUUUUGGACCAUACGAUUUGUCUUUUUAUGCCAUUAUUCUGAUUUAUUUAAUAUUGGAUGGUGGCAUUGAUUCAUACCCUUUUAUAUUAUAAAUAUAAUGAGCUUAUCAU